UUUCCAUUAACUUGUCACAUCAGUAAUUUUUCAUCUUAAAAAUAUGAGUUAUAAAUUAACCAUAUAUAAAUUGAAACAUUUGUUGAAGCUCUUGUAGAACAAUUAUAGAGUUUGGUUGGUACUCUUCACCCUAGCUCAACCAUUGACAUCAACAACAUUUAGCAACCAUGUGUAGCACUUGGUUUCCAUGGCGUCCCGUAAAGUUAACCUUCAAAGGCUUAACGGAUUCAGCUUUGAUGUGUAAUGACUACAAUUCUAAUUUUAGACCAUCAACAUUAGUACCUACCCAUGAAGCCAAACGGUCAAUUUCAAUGAAGACGAGUAAGCGUUACAUAUCCUCCCAAUCUAUUUCCACGGAAGAUUUGAAGCCAAGACCUGCUAAUUCCUCUCCCCUCACUCCUCUCGGUUUCCUCGAGAGAGCCGCUACCAUCUACGGCGACUCUCCGUCAAUCAUCUACGGCGACACCACCUACACUUGGUCGGACACCCACCGUCGAUGCCUUCAACUCGCCUCUUCCCUCUCAUCCAUCGGCAUCCAACGAGGCCACGUCGUCUCCGUCAUCUCUCCCAACACUCCCCCCAUGUACGAACUCCACUUUGCUGUUCCGAUGGCCGGUGCCAUCCUCAACACUAUCAAUACCCGUCUCGACGCUCGAACCAUCUCCAUCCUCCUAAGCCAUAGUGAAUCAAAACUCAUAUUUGUCGAUCAAGCCUUUUGUGCUCUAAUCCAUGAUGCCUUGGCGUUGUUUCCGCCGGAGACAAAACGUCCAAUGCUCGUCCUCAUUACCGAUGACGCUGCAGCGGAGGAAUCAUCAUCGUCAUGUAUUAUGAUUCACGACUAUUUUGUCGAUUCGUAUGAGGAAAUGAUUCGGAAAGGGGAUUCCGAUUUCCGGUGGAUUCGGCCGGUGAGCGAAUGGGAUCCGAUCGUUCUUAAUUACACGUCGGGAACCACUUCCUCGCCGAAGGGAGUGGUUCAAUGUCAUAGAGGAAUUUUUAUAAUAACUCUCGAUGUGCUUCUUGAAUGGGAAGUUCCAAAGCAAUCGGUUUAUUUAUGGACAUUACCUAUGUUUCAUGGUAAUGGGUGGAGUUUAACAUGGGGCAUGGCGGCUGUCGGCGGCACAAAUAUAUGCAUUAGAAAAUUCGAUGCGGCGUUGAUUUAUACCCUAAUUCGCCGCCAUCACGUGACACACUUAUGUGGAGCUCCGGUGGUGUUGAACAUGUUAACUAACUCUCCAACUAAUCGACCGUUUGAUUGGCCGGUAAAGAUUCUCACUUGUGGAGCGCCGCCACCUUCUGAGGUUUUGCUCCGUACAGAGUCGUUAGGGUUUGAUGUGACUCAUGGAUACGGACUGACAGAGACAGCUGGGCCGGUUGUUUUCUGCUCGUGGAAGGCGGAGUGGAACCAGCUACCGACGACGGAGAGGGCGCGGCUAAAGUCGAGGCAGGGGGUGAGGACGGUGGCGAUGACGGCGGUUGAUGUGGUGGAUCAAAAGACGGGAGAGAGUGUGAAACGAGAUGGAGUUUCGAUUGGAGAGAUUGUUUUAAGAGGUGGGUCGAUCAUGCUUGGGUAUUUGAAAGAUCGAGAUGCGACGACGAAGUCGAUGACUGAGGAGGGGUGGUUCUUUUCCGGAGAUGUUGGAGUGAUGCAUCCUGAUGGAUAUUUGGAGAUUAAGGAUCGGUCGAAGGAUGUGAUUAUAAGUGGCGGAGAGAAUUUGAGUAGCGUUGAGGUGGAAUCGGUUUUGUAUAUGAAUCCAUCCGUGAAUGAGGCGGCGGUGGUGGCUCGACCGGAUGAGUUUUGGGGGGAGACGCCGUGUGCGUUUGUUAGCUUAAGAGAGGGAUUGGCUCAAAAACCGACCGAGAAGGAAAUUAUUGAGCAUUGUAGAGGGAAGCUACCGCGGUUUAUGGUGCCGAAGAUGGUGGUGUUCAUGACGGAGCUACCGAAAACAUCAACAGGAAAGAUUCAAAAGUAUAUGCUUAGGGAAAUGGCCUUGUCAAUGGGCCAAGCAAAGCAUCCACGAUCCCAAGAGAAAAAGUAAG